UUUAUGCAGUGUGGGCACUGGAGUGCAACAGCAAGAGCAACAUGGUUGCAUUAACAACACAAGAGAAGCGGGCUUUUGUGGCCAAAAUUUAAUGACCAAAAUGACUAUUUCCCACGGUUUUCGUGAAAAAUAGUCCUUUUAGUCACAAAAAUUUGAUCACAAAAGCUCACUUCUCUUAUAAUGACGACAGGGUUGCUUGCUAGCUGCUUGGUUUCGGCGAUCGGGGUUUACUUUUAUUACCUGCUGCAGGAUGGUCCUUUUGAAUACUUCUAUUUGACCCUUCGAUGGCCUGCAUCAGUAUGUUCGGGCGUCAAUUGUUCUGAGGUUCCUGGCAAUUUCACUAUUCACGGGUUGUGGGCACAGACGAAGAAUCAUAAGCAAUACGAUUGCAGUGGAAAGGAUUUUGACUAUGAAAAGCUGGCAAACGACACUGCACUCAUGGCGGAGAUGAACAAAAUCUGGCCGAGCCUCUCAGAAGUCCCAGAUCAGAACAGAGACUUGUGGAAGCACGAAUGGAACAAGCAUGGCAGCUGCACCUUCGAAUCCCAACGUCAGAACGAGUAUUUCUACAAAACUUGUGGAAUGUGCAAUCAAGCCCGGCUGCUUAAAAUCUUUGAAGCAAAGGGUAAUUCGGUGUUUUUCUUUUUUAGUCCCACUACUCUGUCGCUGCCGAUGACAGGUCCAUCUUACUACAUUACUCCCGGAAAUAAAUCGUAUUUUCUCAGAGAUUACAUUGAUGCCAUUCAAACGUCGUCAGAAAUAGGGAAGAAGCCGGGGCCAUUUACAUGCAAGUGGAAGAAGAGCGGUCCUAAACGACUGGUCGAAGUAAAACUCUGCACAGACAAAGAAGUAACUAAAUUUAUGGAUUGCACUGCUCCGGAAGAAGAGGCCCCCACAUGCGGUAAAGUCGAGGAAUCCAUCCCGAUCGCAUUUCCUAGUAAUAAUAAAGAUGAUGAUGAAGUAGCAGUACUGUAAUUCCAGCUUCUAUAAUCUUAUAUAUGUAUCCCUAAUUAUUAUAUAAUCAGCAAUAUGCAUUAAU